AUGCCAUCCAUUGUCAACCUCACAGCCGCGCUCGCCCUUGCUGGCAGCGUUGCCGCAAACCCCAUCCAGCUCGACAAACGCGGCACCUUUUCUAUCAACCAGGUCCCCCACUCUACCCACCUGAAGAACGGUCCCGCAGACAGGGUCAAGGCUCUGCGCAAGUACGGCAAGCCUGUUCCUGAGAGCCUUCUCAAGGCAGCUGAGAACCGUGCAAACACGGUCGUGGUUGAGGCUACCUCAAGCAGCGGCUCCGUCACUGCCUCCCCUAACGACCAGUACGAUGCAUCGUACUUGAGCCCAGUCACCAUUGGCACAAAGACCUUCCACUUGGACUUUGACACUGGAAGCUCCGAUCUCUGGGUAUACUCUUCGCUCCAGCCCCAAUCGCAGCUCAGCGGUCGUACCUACUACACCGUGGACCCAUCCAAGGUCAAGAGUGGCUACACCUGGAAGAUCUCCUAUGGAGACGGAUCUGGUGCCUCUGGCAAAGUGUACGCCGACAAGGUCACUGUUGGUCCCAUCACUGCAACUUCCCAAGCUGUUGAGGCUGCCCAAUCAGUUUCGGCCUCCUUCUCCAGCGAUGCCAACACUGAUGGUCUUUUGGGCCUCGCCAUGAGCUCCAUCAACACUGUCAAGCCUGUCCAACAGACCACUUUCUUCGACACUGUCAAGUCUCAGCUCGCCCAGCCGCUGUUCUCUGUCAACCUCAAGUACCACGCUGCUGGCUCCUACGACUUUGGUUUCAUCGACUCCAGCAAGUACACCGGUGCCAUCACCUAUGUCAACGUCGACGACAGCCAAGGCUUCUGGGGCUUUUCCGCCACUGGCUAUGCCGUUGGCACAAAGACCACUUCGGCAAGCAUUGAUGCUAUUGCCGACACCGGCACCAGCCUUGUCUACGUCGAUGACUCCAUCCUUAGCGCCUACUAUGGACAGGUCCGUGGCGCACAGGUCGACUCCCAGCAGGGAGGUUACGUCUUCCCCUGCUCCAGCACCCUGCCCGACUUCUCCAUCGUUGUCGGUGGCGUCAAGCAGACCAUUCCUGGAAAGUACAUCAACUUUGCCCCCAACGGCGACGGCACUUGCUUCGGUGGUCUCCAGUCGGGAUCUGACUUUGGUUUCAACAUCUUCGGUGAUAUCUUCCUCAAGAGCAAGUACGUCAUCCACGAGAUGGGCAGCAACGGCCCCAGGCUGGGUUUCGCCCAGCAGUCUGGUAACUAA